AGAAUUGGCUCAAUUGCAAAACCUGGCACCUGACCAGCAUCGCAAAGAAAGCCGCGAAGCAUUGAUCAAAAGCCGUCGAAGUCCCUGAGGUUAGCAUCUGCAAAAUCAAUGGCGUCGGCCUUGGCGUUGUGCAAGUCGCAGCUCGCCUCGCAGCAGAAGGACUCGCUGCAGGUCAUUGUCAACAAGCACGUCCAAGACCCUGCUCUGCGGGAGCUCAGCUCCAGUCAGACUUCCACGGAGAGAGGUCUUCAGCGCUGGGAACAGGCGCACUUGGUCUCCGCGCUGGAUGUCAUCAACGAGUACCAGCGCUCCCGGCGAGCGCGUGUCUUCAAAUCCCUUGGCGACCUCGGGCCCAGCUGGCGGCGGUCCUACAAGAACGACCCCAGGACCCGAAUGUGCGAGCUGCUGAAGAGUUGGUUGCGAGCCAAUGCGGGCUGCAGCGCUUUGGCGGAAGAGGAGGUUCGCAAUAUGUGCGGCCUUUGCCGGGACAUCCUGAGCCAUCCGCAACUCUUUCCUGCGCGAAAUCCUCAAAGCUUCAUGAAGAGCAUGGCUGAUGUGUACGAUCACUUGCAGUGGCAACUGCAGGAGGUGCUGGAAAAAGACAGGAGUUGUGCUGACCUUGCUCAGCGCCUCCUUUCCAUCAGCCGCAACUUGGUGACGGACACCAUCGCCUACCUGCUGUUGGCCCCCACGGACCUCAAGGAAACAGAUGGCCUUCCGUCUCUGGAGAUCGUGAAGUUGUGGCAAUCCUUGCCCAACGAAGGGCAUCCGAUGCCACACCGCAAGGAUCCCGCACUGCAGAAGCUCAUGCAGGAGGCCUGGGACAUGGGCUCUGGCUCAUUGAUCGCUGCCCUACUGCGGGCGCCGUGGUGUGUCCGCCUCUUUGCUGGGGCAGAAGCUGAGAGCACCACACGCCUCGAGGCCCUGGAGAACGGAGAGGACCAUUCGUCAGCCUCGCUUGAGAGCAUUCUCAAGGAGGUCAGGAAGCAAUUCCGCGGCAGCCUCAAGGGCAGCGGCCUGGUGGGCGCCUUGCGUGCGGACAGCGUGCAGCGGGAGAAUUGGCUCUCAGCGGUGAGCAUCGCCUCUGACAUCAUGUACCUACUCGGUGAGGUACUGGUCCAGUUCCACCGGAUCAGCGAUGGCCUGGGGGACUAUGGCAUGAUCCGGGUGUCUGCUUGGCUCCAUCCUGUGCUGGAUGCACUGGUGGAGAAGGUCACGAGUCUGCGGACGCGGCUGGAGCAGCUGAACGGCGCCCUGGAUGCCGCCUAUGUGCUGGCGCGGGCCCGUGGACAGAAGGUGCAAAAGCCCGCGCCCUCUGAGAAGAUGUGCUUUCGGGCGCGAGAGGCCAUUCAGCGGGCCUUCUUGAGCGGCAAGAGCAGCCAUGCAGGGCAGAUGCUGCAAAUCGCAGAUGAGUUGCGGGCGCGGAGCGCGCCGGAGCGGCUGCCCCAUCUGCAGCGGGGCCUGGGGGACGCCUGCGCCUCCCUGGGCCGCGUGCUCGGCUCCGCGGAGUUCCGGCGCCACGUGGGGGAGGUGGACAUGCGCCAGCUGGAUGUGGGGUCCGUGGAAUCCUUGCAGGCAACUCCUCGCGAACGUCGGCAGUUGGCCAUUGCACCGGAGCCCUACAUGGUGAAGGCUGUGACGGAUCGGGCGCAGGACGGGGUCCAGCAGAGGUCCCUGGAGGUGGUCAAGGCUGUCACGGAGCCGCAGGAGGAUGCGGUCACCAUCACGCCGAGCCGCAGCGAGCGCAGCGAGCGAUCGCUGCACAGCUGGAGCUGUUGCCCUACGACGCCGCGCGUGUCGGAGCCGGGCCUCUCCUUCGAGGUAUCGCGGCUGCGGGUGGGGAGCGGCCGAAGGGACCAGCGGGGGCUGGAGCUGAGCCCGGGGCAGCUGUGGAUCUUCGGCAAGGGCUCAAGCACCAAGGUGAAGUCGGCGGUGCGGAUUCCUGACGGCCUGGACCGAGUGAUGCUAAGAUCAGACAAGGUCCUCGAGAUGUCCGUCAGGGUCUGCAAGGAAGAGGUGAUGCAGCAAAAGGAGUACAUCUUCGAAUUUGCUUCGCCUGAAGAGGCGGAUGUCUUUUGCGAGGAGCUGUGGAAUCAGGGGGUCCGAUGAGUUUGAGGCUCUACGCAGAUUUUGGAGGAGCAGCUGUCAAUACAGGCUGUGUGCUGCAUUCCUUGACCGUGCAGAUGCUUGAGCCCGCUCUUGUACAGCGUUCCCUGCUUGGUUCCGAGGGGUUCCUGAAGCGAGCUGUGUAAAGCCACAAUCGCAGCCAG